UAACCCUCUUACUAUUCUCUUCAACUUCUCUCUUUUCAAUUACUCCAAUUUUCCUCUCCAAAUCCCUAACCGUCAUUUUCAUAUCCGCGUUUCCUUGUUUCAAUUCUUUCCCUUCUCUUUUCUAUCACUACUUACGCUUUCGCUUCCUCCACUUCUUUCUUAAGUCUUUAUGUCUCUGCCUUCAACUAACUGUUGAAUCCAAUUCGCUUUACAAUUUAUCAAUCUGCGUCUCACCUGGUUUUGGGAAAACAAAAAUUGGGAAAAAAUUUGGAUUUUUGCAGUAGAAAACUUUGAUCCUUUAUUUGUUUUUUCAAUAUCUUCGAAAGAACAGAAACAUGGAUGCGCAAGCCAAGAAAAAAGCAUUGUUUCGUGCCAAAUUGAAUGCUCAGAAGAAGGACAAACGCAUAGAAUCUCCCCUUGUUAGGUAUAAUGAAUUUGAUCAGCCUGUUUGCCGGGUUUGUGAAGUUGUUUUGAAGUCUGAGUCCCUAUGGGAUGCACACCAAGUUUCUCGUAAGCAUCGUGAGGCAAUAAGUAACCUUAAAGCUAAUGCGGCCGGUUUAACUAAGCAUAACAAUGCGAAGACUGAUAUUCCAAAGGCUAAACCUGAACAGCCUUCAGCCUCACAGUUCAAAGUUCCUCAAAGUUCACAGGAAGUGCCUAAACCUCAGUCAUCAUCAGUUCUUCCAUCAGAUUUUUUUGACAACAAUGAUGCAAAAAAGACAAGAUCUGGUAAGGAUUUGGUUUAGAAAAACGAAGUUGUA